AUGUCGACCAGGGGCGGUUCUCCUCCUCCUCCGCCGCCGCCGGCCGAGGCCGUGGCAACUUGGCAAGGCAUCUUUUCCGAAGGGCCGUACACGGCGCUGAAGAUGGUAGAAUACAUUCUUCAAGCAGGCGGACAGAGUGUUCCGAAUUUCGUGGCAAACCCCGUCGAAACCGUGAAGGAUAUCACGAAGACCCAAAUCGUCGACAAGCACGACCUUAACCAAAUGCGGCCCGUCUGGGCCAGCAAGACUGGCCGCUGCACAUCCUUUGCUGUCAAGGCCACUGCCAUCCUAUCUCAAAAGGUCGACGCAAAGAAGAAGCCGGUGUAUAACUUUGCCACCUACGAUUUGGCGGGCCACCGCGUUGCGCGCUGCCUGAAGACGGAGGUUGUCAUUGACUCCAGCUCCACCACCCCCGGCGGCGCCUUCGUUCUCCCCGAGGGUCAAUGGAAGAAGUUCGAGAAGACGGAGGCCAGCUGGAAGUUCAAGUCCGAGCCCAAGUCCAAGUCCAAGUUUGAGAGAGAUGGUAACCCUGACGGCAAGGUGGCAGCGGCCUACGCUCUCGAUAGCCCAGCCCAGGCCAUGUACUUGUGCCUAGCGGGCGUAGAAGCCGGCGUGAAGUACGGCAUCCCCACCUUGUUCCGCAGCAUCAGCCCUCAGGGCCAACCCCUCUACCAUGGCAUGGUGUCCUGGAUGCCAUACAAGCGCUGCAUUGAGCUGGUCCCCAACAUCAGCAAGGAGAAGAAGAAGCAGAAGCUCGUCAUUCAAUGGGGGAAGACGAAGGCGGGCGCCGGAACCGACGCCGAUUUGGAGAAGUGCGUCAAUGAGCUGGAACAGUUCAUCAAGAACUACGGCGGCCCGAAUGGCCCCGAGCAGUGGGAGGCUGACGGCAUCAACGAGUUCAGCGAUUACUUGUUCGCCGCCGCUGUUGAGCUCUGGGGCAACCCCAAGCUCGUCAACAAGAUGACCCCCACCGCCUAA